AUUAAAGGCAUGUGCCGCCACACUCGGGAAAUAUUAUAUCUUCACUGUUGUUUUCUAGGGCAUGGAGCCUGACAAAAAGGAGCAUCACACAAUGCUUAAGCAGAAAGUUAGCCCUAUUGGAGAAGGAGAAGCCAUGGGUCCAUCACCAAAGAAAAGGAACACUGCGGACGUGGUGUCAAAUCAAGCUCUGGAAGCUUCCGCCAAUGUGAAGGGAGAAGGAGCUCCUGUCAACCAGGAAGCCCAAGAGGGGGUGAUGGAGGGUCCUUCCAAGUCCCCUGAAGUCGACCCACAAGAGCGUGAUGAAGCGCAGCCUAAGCCUGCGCCAGGAGAUGCCACUCUCCCCGCUCCGGAAGAUUCUCUGCCUGAUGACAUUCUUCAUCACGAAGAGAAUGAUGAUGAAGAAGAUGGCGCAGGUGCAGGGGCGAGUGGUGACCAUGACAACUCUGAAAGCGCUGAAGAUGACACAGAAAUAACUUCUGUGGAAAUUUCCCACUACAUUGUGAACACGGUGGAUCCUGACGUAAUUAAUUAUGGAAUAAAACAUGCCCUGAUGUCAGAAAUCCGACGCUAUGGACGACAAUAUGGAAGGAUUUUCAAGCUACUGGAUGAAGUGCGGGGACCCCUGGAGAUCCGGCUGCAUUUUGUUAGGUUCGCCAUCAAGGAAGCAGCAAGGUUUAAAAGAUACCACCUGAUAUAUUAUCUCGAGAAGCUACUGGAAAAAAUGAUGUCAGACAGCACCAUCAGGAAUGUCGAUCUAAACGAAAGCACCUGAUGCUCUUUUUACAAUGAUCAACGAUAGGCAGCAAAUAGUUUAGCCCUGAAUGUAGUAGGGGGAUGCUGAAGCUGCCUUGUAUCUGUUAUCUAAGAGAAUUAAAGAAAGCUGUUUUAAACUACUCUUAAUAAAAGAUGAGCUUUCUGUCUA